CUGCAGCCAAGGGGGUGGAAGGGACGGGGGAUUCUGGCUGCCUGUGGAGCUCAGCACCUCUCUGGCACUCAGGAUUUCAUCUCCCGUGUGACGAGGCGGGAUGUGGAAGCGGAGGCAGAUGAAUGUGGCUGCGGUGUGAGUCCCCAUCUCACCGCCAGCAGCCCCAGGGUGAGCUGCCCUCGUGCUGCCGGGUGCGCUCCGUGUGGAAUGUGCCGUUCCCGGGAUGAGGAUGUGCCGGGAAUGGCAAUCCCUUGGCAGCGCAGCUCCGUGCAGCGGCCGACAGCUUCCAUCGCCGCCGCCUCCCAAAGAUCGGGAAAGCCACAGCGUUUCAGGGAGGCCUUAAAAGAAAAAUAAGCCGAGUCUGGUAUAAAAAUCAGGGCAAGCUUCAGGCCGGACAUCAGCAGGAAUUUCCCCAUGGAAAGGGCGCUCAGGCCUCGGCAGGGGCUGCCCAGGGAGGUUUGCAGUGCCCAUCCCUGGAGGCGUCCAGGGAAGGCCUGGACGUGGCGCUCAGUGCUCUGGGCUGGGGACAGGGUGGGGGUGGGUCACAGAGUGGGCUCGGUGGUGUCGGAGCUCUUUUCCAGCCGGGAUAAUCCCGGGAUUUUGUGCCGGGAGCGCGCGGGCGGUGCCUGCCGGUUUCCCGCCAAAUUGCCGGCUCGUUUGCAUAAACCCCCUCAUUUGCAUAACCCGCCCCCCUCCGCAUGACCCCGCCCCCUCAUUUACAUAUCCCCGCCCACCCGCGGCUGCGGCGGCAGCCGCGUCUCCCCGGCAACGGCGCCACGGGUUCGAGGCCCGGCCGCGGCGGGUCCCGCUGUCCGCUACUGUCCCCCGGUGUCCCCCGGUGUCCCCCGGUGUCCCCUCGUUCCUCCGCUGUCCCCCGGCCAUGCUGCGCGACGAGGACACCGAGGCGGAUUUCCAGCGGUUCUUGCGCCGCGUGGACGAAGUCGCCAAUUUGCUGCAAGGCCUGAACUCCUCAGACUCGGCUGUCAAGGAAGAAGCCAUUGCUGAGAUAGAGAAAAGGCUCCGAGAGGAAGGAGCCAGCAGGGAGGAGGAGGAGGAGGAGAGCAGGACCACAGUGAACAGAACAGUCAUCAACACUUCUGUAAGGGCUUUUCCCUCUGAAAUUAAAGCUGGACACAGUUCAGGUCUUGCCUCGUUAAAGGCACAAAUGGAAGCUUUCCAGGAAUGUCAAAAUGUAUCAAAUCCUUGCCAUCCUUUGUUUAAAUGUCAAAUGGAUGAUCCUUCUGUGUGUCAAUCUGGAUAUUUCAGAUGUACCCAGAUAUUCCUGGGUGCUCCCUGUAGCUUUGUGCAAGGGUUCCUUUGCUGUUGUGGCUUUUCCCAAAAUAUUUGUGCUGUGUUUCUGUUUUUCCAGGACAUGGCGAGGGCAGAGGCAGUGGAUGCAGGCGCCUUCCUGGCAGCUUUGGAAAAGGAUGCAAAAGAACGAGCCCAGCGAAGGAAGAAGAAUGAGCAGUUGGCAAAUGCCCUGAAGGAGAAGGGCAACGAAGCUUUCAGGGAAGGAGACUUUGCCCUGGCCAUCCGGAGGUACACGGAGGGGCUGCAGAAGCUGAAGGACAAGCAGGAGCUGUACACAAACAGGGCACAGGCCUACCUGAAGCUCCACGAGUAUGAAAAAGCCAUCAGUGACUGUGAGUGGGCAUUGAAGUGCAAUAAAAACUGUCUCAAAGCCUAUUUUCUAAUGGGGAAAGCUCACCUGGCACUGCAGCACUUCAGUGAGUCCAGGCACUGCUAUGAGAAGAUGCUGCAAAUUGAUCCCCAAAAGGAAAACCUGUUUAAAGAUUGUGUGAAUGAGGCCAACUUGGAGGAGAAGAGGGUGAGAGAUGAAGAGAGAGCAGCGAGGGAAGUCCAGGCUGGGAAUGCUGCUGCUUUAUCCAUCCAGGAAUUGCUGCAGAGGAUCAACACCCCUGGCCAGGAUAUCCUCUACUACACAGCAGGCAUCAGGCUUCUGGCAGAAGCUCUGAACAAUUGCACCGGGCAGACGUUAUUUAGGACAAACAAUGGCUUCAGUAUCCUCGGGAACGAGCCUGUCAGAGGGGCCUUCUGUGCAGAGAGGAAGAGCCCUGCUGAGGUGGAGCUGUGUGUUUCCCUUCUCCUCCUGUGGCAAGCUGCCUGUGCUGGGAAUGAAGAAAAUCAGCGUCUCCUGUUGGCCCAGCCUGAAGUGAGUGCCCAGCUGCCAGAGCUGCUUUCCUCUGGGACACACGAGAUCCAGAGGGAGACCUUGGCACUGAUUUGUCUCUGCUCAGAGAACGAGAGCAGCAGGAGGCUGCUGGCCAGGCAGGAGCUGAGCAGAUGGCUGCAGGUUUUGAUGGCAUUUGUCAGGAACACUGAUGAAGAGGCUGAUGGUGCCAUGAGCAUCCUGUCUGACUUAAUUGUGGCCGACAGGUUCCAAACCAAGCAUCAGGUCCUGCUUUCCAGGGCUUUACUCACUGAGUUGAUGGGGCGCUUCAGGCAGGUGAAGCCAGCGGGCACAGCCCUCACUGUGGGCAUGGUGGGCAGCCUGUGUGCAGAUGCUGAGGUGCGGGCACAGCUGGCUCGGAGCAGGGAGUGCUGGCAGGCCUGCCUGGAUGAGUGCUCUGAUGGCAGCAGCCCUGAGAACAGUCAGUGUGUGUUGGCAGUGCUGGGCCUGAUGAUGAACCUGCUGCUUGAAUCCAAUGACACCAUCCAGUGGUAUAAAAGUUUUGUUUGGAAUCACUCUCCAAUUGUGCCAUGUUCUGAGAUGCUGGGCAAAUUCCAAAAUUAUCCAAAACUCAGCAUUCCAUCAAGAAGGAAGAAUUCCCUAAGUUCCCUGGGGCGGUGCAGAGCUGGUAACUCACUGGUGUCCCCUGAUCUCCAGGGGACUCUUUUGUCCAUGAUCCCAUUUCUGCUCCAACCCUCCCAGCCCCAGCUGGACCUGAGUUCUCCCUGUGUUUUCCAGGACUUUGCUGUGCCCAUCAGUGGCAGGUGCCUGGCUCUGCUCAGCCAUCAGGACGGAAGGAUUGUCACAAGAGCCACUGGAGUGCUGAGCCAUGCCCUGCCAGCGUCUCCCUCAGCAGUGGAAGAAGUGGUGAAAGGAGGAGUGGUGAAGAAAAUGCUCAAAUUCUUGAAAGUUGCAGGGCAGCUCACAUCCAGCUAUGCCAUAAAGACCCUUUCCAUCUGCACCAAGAGCAGCAGGCAAGCUCAGGAAGAGCUGGUGAAAUGGGAUAAAAGGUUCCAAGUGCUGCUGAAGCUGCUGGAGUCAGAGGAUGAGCUGAUUGUGGGGAAUGCAGCUUUCUGCCUCAGCCAGUGCCUGCUCAUUCCCGGGGCAGCGACUUCCCUGCUGGAUUCCAACGUGGUGCUGCUGCUGCUGAGGCAGGCAGGGGGUGAUGCCCAGAGAACCUCGGUGCAGGAGAACUCAGCCAUUGCCCUGGGCAGGCUCUGUAAGGCUGAGCCAAGGCACAUUCCUCAGCUGAGGAAACUCAAUGGCUUCUCCAUCCUGAACUCCUCCAUGAAACCAGGAAAAGGCAUCACGGGGAGAUGCGAGGACCACAUGAGCAGGAGGCUGUGGGGCAAAGGGACUCGUGAGCGACGACACCGCAGGGGCAGCAGCUGUGCUGGGGUGAUUUUAUGACAGUUCUGUAUUCCCCUAUCGUCUGCUUGAUGCCCAGAAAUGGGUCCUGCAGCUUUAGCUGGGAAUUCCUGGGCAUGGUGUGAGCUCACCUCCCCGCAUUGCUCAGCUUUAGCAGCGCAGAGGGAGAGUCACAUUUCCUGCUUUUGGCUGAGGCAAGAGGUGUUUGCCAGACUGCACACAGCAAUCCUCUGGCACCUGUGGUUCUUUUCGGAGCUCUUCGGCCUGGCUGUGAUCCGAGAACCAGUCUCGGACCCCGCGGACCCCAGCCCGGACCCAGCUACAGCAAAGAGCUCCGAACGCGCCAGCUUUCGCCAUGGCGAGGAGCUUUCACACCUUAACAGUUACUCAUCUUUUCCCCGGGCCCUGCGGGCACCCUGCUUGUUAAACAAAUAGCGUUUCGGUAAAUAAAUAGCUUUUCGAACUCUCCUCCAAGAAAAUUCCUUCCGUCUCGGUGGGGGAGGGAGUGCCGACACCUAGAGGAGACCUUCCUUUGAGGAGGUUUCCUCCUAAACUUGUCUCAAACCGAGACAGCAGCCAAUGAGUGCCUUUCUCAGUUAGGUUUCAGUUAAGUUCUGUUAAGGUUUGGUUCAAUUCUGUUGAGUUUAGAGUAUAAAAACCUUGGUUUGCUACAAUAAAAUUACCUUCUUCGGA